GCCGCCUCCAUUGCCGGCCUUGGGCAGCGACGCGCUUCCCUUCACCUCACUCCUUGCAGGGUCAAACCCCACAUGCGUAUAUAUAACAUCCAUCUCUUAUUGCUCUUCUCUUCAUCCCGGCGAUCGUUGCACCGGCGGCGACGGCGAGCGCGAUCACCUCCACCACCAGCAUGAGGCAGGCGAGGCCGUACUCGGGGAUCUUCUGCGGCGGGGUGUCGGCGCGGACGGGGCCGCACGCGCUCCCGCUGGCGCGCAUCAAGAAGAUCAUGAAGCGCUCGGCGGGGGAGACCGCGGACGGCGGCGCCAGGAUGAUCUCCGGCGAGGCGCCCGUGGUGUUCUCCAAGGCGUGCGAGCUCUUCAUCGCCGAGCUCACGCGCCGCGCCUGGGCGGCCACGCUCGAGGGCAAGCGCCGCACCGUGCACAAGGAGGACGUCGCCACGGCCGUGCAGAAAACCGACCUGUUCGACUUCCUCGUCGACGUCGUCAUGGCGGACGCCGGUGGCGGCGGGCACGCGGCGGCCGGCCAGUACGACGACGACGACGGCGCGCUGGAGUAAUAACAAAGGCUGAGAGUGAAAUUGCAGCCUGCUCCUUGCUGCGUUUGGUUGAAGAGUACUGAAUUCACCCGAGUAAGGGCGUGCUACUUCGUCAGUGUACCUUAAUUUACUGGUUCCUCUUGUUGCAGCUACUACCUAAUACCUAUGCAGCAAGAACGAUGGUGCAGUAACUAGUAACUUUUUUCAUGCAAUCCUAUACUUAUGCAACAUCAUAAUGUUAA